AUGUUCGUCAAGAAGCUGGCGGGCUUCCCCCGUCUGCUGCUGGCCGGCAACCCGACCAAGUACGAGGUGUGUGUGCUGCUGACCGGCAUCGUGGCGGCCAUUGGGUCGGGCGUGCCCUUCCCCAUCAUCGGUAUCAUCUUCGGUCAACUCCUGGACGACUUCAACACCAUCUCGUGUGACCACCCCGAAACCACCAGCGAGCGCGACUCCGACCAAGGCGGCAUCAACCACGAGAUCCUGCUGAUCGUCUACCUGGGCAUCGCGCAGUUCGUGCUCAUCUACAUCCACCUGACCUGCUGGACGCUGUCCGGGGCCCGCCUCGCUCAACGGCUCCGCGAGAAAUACCUACGCAACCUCCUCCGCCAGGAGCCCUCGUACUUCGACAACCUGCCUCCCGGCGAGGUGGCCUCACGGCUCAGCAGCGACAUCCAGACCAUUCGCUCCGGUACCUCCGAGAAAGUCGGCAUCGUGCUGGCCAGCCUGUCGUUCUUCGUGACCGCGUACAUCGUCGCCUUCAUCAAGGACUGGAAGCUGGCCGCCGAGCUCCUGUCGCUGAUCCCGGCCUACUUCCUCAUGUCGUUCAUCGGCAGCCACUACAUCGAGAAAUACUCCAGCGCCAUGUCCGACUACGCCGCCACCGCCGCCUCCAUCGCCUCCGAGGCCCUCAACAACAUCGUCGUCGUGCAGGCCUUCGGCGCCAACACCCGUCUGGAGCAGAAGUUCGCGGGCGCGCUCAAGUCCGCCGAGACGCAGGGGCUCAAGAAGGCCACCGCGGUAGGCAUCCAGGCCGGGUUCCUGUACUUCAUCGCCUACUCGGCCAACGGUCUGGCGUUCUGGCAGGGUGCCAAGCAGGUGGCCGCCCACGUCCGUGACGGCACCAGCGGCAUCAGCGUCGGCGCCGUCUUCACCGUCAUCUUCAUUCUGGUCGAGGCCACCCUGCUGCUCAGCCAGGUCGCCCCGUUUCUGCAUCUGUUCGUCGCCGGCGUCGCCUCCUACGAGAAGCUGCGCGAGGACAUGGACCGCACCCCGCUGAUCGACGCCACCACCGACGCCGGUCUGCGUCUGACCGACCGCCACGCCGACGGCGGCUUCGAGUUCAAGGACGUCUCCUUCGUCUACCCCUCGCGCCCCGAGAUCACCGUCCUCGACAAGAUCAAUUUGCUCAUCCCGGCCAAGAAGCACACCGCGCUGGUCGGGCUGUCCGGCAGCGGCAAGUCGACCAUCGCGGGCUUGGUGACGCGACUGUACGAUCCCACCGAGGGCCAGAUCCUGUUCGACGGCCACGACCUGCGCGAGAUCAACACGCGCGACCUGCGCAGCUACCUCAGUCUGGUGCAGCAGGAGCCCUCGCUGCUGGACCGCUCGUUGCUGGAGAACAUCGCGCAUGGACUGAUGAACUCGAGUAACCCGGAGCACGCACGCUUCAAGGCGACGCUGCUGACGCCACAGCUGGGCGAGCUGGCGGCCGAGGUGCGCGAGGGCCACGAACUGCUGGCGGCGGCGACGCAGCGCGGCGGCGAGGUGCUGGAGAUCGUGCAGAUGGUGCAGCAGGCGGCGACGCUGGCGGACGCGCACUCGUUCAUCAGCGCGCUGCAGCACGGCUACGGCACGCUGGUGGGCUCCAGCGGCCGGCUGAUCAGCGGUGGCCAGAAGCAGCGCGUGUCGCUGGCGCGCGCCCUGAUCAAGGACCCCGCCGUGCUGAUCCUCGACGAGGCCACCGCCUCGCUGGACUCGCGCUCCGAGCAGCGCAUCCAGCGCGCCAUCAACGGCAUCGCCUCCGGCCGCACCAUGAUCACCAUCGCCCACCGCCUCUCCACCAUCACGUCCGCCGACAACAUCGUCGUCAUGCACAAGGGCACCAUCGUCGAGCAGGGCGACCACGCCACGCUCAUGGCCCGCGGCGGCGCCUACGCCGACCUCGUCAAGCUGCAGGGCAUGUCGUCCGCCAGCGACAAGGACGACGCCCCCGCCGCCGCCGCCGCCGACACCGCCAGCCGGUCCGACCAGCCCUCGUUGACAGACGUCGAAAUCGACGCCGAGAAGGCCAGCCUGGCUGAUCCCGCGGAGAAGUCGCCCGUCGUGCACGAGACCCCUGCCCCCAACACCUCCUCCCCGUCCUCCGGCGAAGAGGCCGACCCGGAGGAACUCGCCACCCCGAAGAAGUCCCUGUGGGCGCUAGCCAAGGGUUACGCGCCGGCGCUCCGUCCGCACCUCCUGUACAUCCUGCUCGCGCUGAUCGGGUCCGCCAUCGUCGGCGGCGCGUUCUCGGGCGAGGCGGUGAUCUUCGGUAACACGGUGGCCAGUCUGAAUCCGUGCGAGGGCGCGUCGAGCAUCAGCGACAGCGGCAACUUCUACGGACUGAUGUUCUUCAUCCUGGCGAUCAUCGAGUUCUUCGCCAACGUGGUCAGCUGGGCCGGGUUUGGGCGCAUCUCGGAGAAGAUCGUGUACACGGUGCGGGUGCUGUCGUUCCGGGCGCUGUUCGAGCAGGACCUGCAGUGGCACCAGAGCGAGGGUCGCACGCCGGCGCUGCUGCUGUCGUUUAUCACGCGCGACGGACAGGCGCUGGCGGGACUGAGCGGGUCGGUGGUCGGCACGCUGAUCUCGAUCACGAUCAACCUGAUUGCGGCCAUCGUCAUGACGCACAUCAUCGCGUGGCGCAUCGCGCUGGUGUGUCUGGCGCUGGUGCCGCUGCUGCUGGGCGCCGGGCUGAUGGAGCUGCGCGUGCUGGGCCAGUUCGAGGAGAAGCACGAGACCGCCUACACCAAGUCCGUCGACAUCGGCGUCGAGGCCAUCUCCUCCAUCAAGGCCGUCGCCUCCCUCGCCCUCGAGGACCUCACCCUGCGCACCUACCGCCGCUCGCUCAAGGGCCCCCGCAAGGAAACCCUGCAGGUCACCCUGCAGGCCAGCUUCUGGCAGGCCAUGACCUAUUUCCUGGGGAACAUGGUCAACGCCCUGGCCUACUGGUGGGGCGCCAAGCAGAUCAUCCUGGGCAACUACACCCAGACCCAGUUCCUGAUCGUCGUGUUCUCGCUGCUGGUCAGCGCCCUGCUGUGGAGUCAGAUGUUCGCGCUGGCCCCCGAGCUGUCGGCCUCCAAGGCCGCCAUGGCGCGCAUUCUGGGGCUGAUUGAGAUCGGCUCGGACAAGAUGCGCGGCAACGUCGACCGGCUGCCGCCGUCGCUUGGGACGGACGUGGAGUCGUCCUCCGCCACCACUGAAAAGCACGUCCCCGGCGGCGCCGGCGGCGCAUCGACGGUGCAGCUGCGCGACGUGCACUUCGCGUACCCGGCGCGGCCGGACAUCAAGGUGCUGAACGGGCUGACGCUGACGAUCCCGGCGGGCAAGUUUGCGGCGCUGGUGGGCCCGUCGGGGGCGGGCAAGUCGACGAUCAUCUCGCUGGUGGAGCGACUGUACCGGCCGGCGCAGGGGGCGGUGGUGGUGGACGGGCUGGACGUGACGCAGACGCGCGGCGUGGCCUUCCGCGACUCGAUCUCGCUGGUGCCGCAGGAGAGCGUGCUGUUCGAGGGCACCAUCGAGUUCAACAUCGCGCUGGGCGCGCCCCCGGGCGUCGACGUCUCACUCGACGACAUCCACGACGCCUGCAAGCUGGCCAACAUCCACGAUACCAUCAUGGCCCUUCCCGACGGCUAUCAGACCCUCUGCGGGCCCUCCGGGAGCCAGUUCUCCGGCGGCCAGAAGCAGCGGCUCUCCAUCGCGCGCGCCCUCGUCCGUAAGCCGAAGCUGUUGAUCCUCGAUGAGUCUACCAGUGCCCUGGACGCUGAGUCCGAGAAGUUGCUGCAGGAUGGGCUCGAGCGAGCGGCGAAGGGGAUUACGGUGGUUGCUAUCGCGCAUCGUCUGAAUACCAUCCGCAAGGCCGAUGUCAUCUUCCUCAUUGAGGCCGGCCGCUGCGUCGAUAGUGGCUCCCAUGAGGAGUUGUUGGUGCGCUCCGAGAGUUAUCGCGCCAAUGUGCUGCAUCAGACUGUUGCAAUAGAUCUUUCGUUCAUGUUGUUUGAGACAUGUGGAAUAUUCCAAGGGGAGCUGCCUAACACCGCAGGUAGUUUAGAGAGACGUCUUGUCUUUAUCGUGCUGUAUGUACAGAGGGAAGUACAGUACUUCCUCCCGCACAACAAAAACCACAGUCCAGGCUAG